AUGUUAUUUGUUCUUAAGAAAGUGACUUGUUUACAGUUAAACGGGUAUGACCCUCUAAUAGGCGAAGAAGAUUUGACGGCAAAGUUUUGUAUUGCCCACGCGACGGAGUUCUCCAACUUACAGGAAGUCCGCGGCGACUUCGCUGAGGUUUUGAAGUUCUACAAAAAUUACACGAACGACGGCAAAGAAAUGAACGUCAACUUCCCAAAGACCGUUUCUUUGUUUUCGUGCAACGACAGGCCGAUUGAAGCAACGAUGGAGACGCGAACGAAAAUUGAGGAAUUUAAAAAAUAUCUUCGCAUGAACGACGAGAUGGCAAUCACCGUCUUAAUGAAGGAAUUUCCAAAGGACAAAGACGUCUUUUUGAACAUUGGGAGUGUCUUUAGGUUCAUGUAUUUACUUGCUGACACGCAGUAUUGUAAUGACUAUAGUCGUUUUCAUGGAGAAAUCAUGUGCUUGAAUAACACACUCGACGUUCAAAACUCAACAAAUUUGGAGAUCUUUGAGGAGUUUCUUGAGAAGGCUGUUGUGUCGUCAAUCACUCUUUAUCUUACGUCUAAAUCUGUUAAAAAGGAAAUUGUAAUUGAAAUCCCAAAGAUGGUCGAAACACUCGAGAUCCGGUCACUCUUCCAAAGCGAUGAGGAGGAAGAUGAUGAAGACGAAGAACAACAACAAGUCACUUUUAGCAUCAAUGGAAAACUCAGGAAAUUUGUUGUGUCGAAUUUCAAUAACACGAUCUUUAAAAUCGACACCACUGACCUCAGAGAACUACAAAUUGGAGAAGGAGGUAAUAUCAAAAUUUUGGAGGUAAAUGGGAAGCUCCCAACUUUUGAAAAACUGGAGGAAAUCAGUGCGUUUUUUAUGUCGAAAGUCCAAGUCGUUUUAAAUACAAAUACUUUGAAAAAAAUCGACUUGUAUAUGUGCGACCAUAUUGUUGUUAUUGGAAACAUCCCGGAAAGGACACAAAUCAAGUUGAAUGGGAUGUACUGCUGUAUUUUACCGAUAAUGCCGAUAACAAAGAUGGACGUUUACAUUGAAAAUUCACAGGAAGUCUUCUUUUCAAAUACAAAGACAAUAGAAGACAUCUACCCUCCUGUUACAACGGGAAAUGAUGGUGAUAAUUCUGAUGAUAAUUCUUCAAGUAAUUCUGACGAUGAAUUCAAUGAAAAUGUUAACAAUUUACAACGACAAAAUUCACUCACUUUAAAUGACACAAAAAUAGUUGCUCACAGCAGUGAAGAUGAUGAAAAUGAAAAUGAAGAUGACGAAGAAGAUGACGAAGACGAGGAAAAUAGCGAAGAAGAAACUAAUGUAAUAACUCCGUGUUUUGCAGACACUGAGCACAACGACGUCACCAACGGCCAAAUUCCAUAUGACGAUUUUCUGUUCAUCAUGUCUUCUGUUGUCCAAUUUCCGAAUGAUAAUUUGAGUCAGUACGUCAGUGACUUGAAACAGUACAUUUUCCCUCAUGGAUUCCAGACGCGGUCGAAGCGCAUUUCCCUCAUCAAUAAUAGAGUGACGAGACUUGUUACACCGCCAGAAGAGACAUACGAUGUUGUUAUUAUGGAACAAUUUUAUAGUGCAACGCAACCAACUCAAAUGAAAGUCGUCACAGAAACCGGAGUUAAAGUCCUUCCAGCUCUGUUGAGAUACUUUGAAAUCAGUACAGAAGGAGUCUCCCUCUUCUCUUUUGGUCUGUGUAUGAACGAGUUCAUCGACACAUUCAUGACCGGAGAUACAACACAUGUCGGGUGGACUGAUGGGUCCGUGGGGUAUCACGGAGACGACGGAUAUCUCUUUAAAGGAGACGGAAACGGAAAGAAAUAUGGACCGGCUUUUGGAGUCACUAAGAAUAAGACGAACGUCGUGGGAUGCGCGUACGACAUCACAAACCAAACCGUUUUCUUCACGUUUAAUGGAAAGGCACUCAAAAGAAUCAAAUUCGAAACGGAGGAAAAUAUCGACGCAGUGAUUGUACUUGAGAAUUUUAAAACAAUCAAAAUUAAUCAAGGAGAAGAAAAGUUCGUGUUUAAUGUCGAGAAGGAAAUUCAGAGAAUGGAAAAUGAGUUACUCGAAGUUUCAACACUCUUGGAACAAAAGAAAAAGAAAUAA